AUGGGGGAAUUUUCCAAACAGCCCUUUUUUCGGCUCAUAUGCUUGUUGAGCCUAGCCAGAGCUAUUCCAAGCCCCCUCACCUUACCGGCAGACACCCUCCUUGAGGACAGCUUUGGCAACAGCCUUCCUAAUUCGACCCUCGCCGCAGUCAUCCCCAACGACUUCACAAUUAAACCAACUCUCCCGCUUGAUGAACCCGUACUCAAUCGGCAAAACACUCUCAUGCUGACCCUCCACGCCCUCAGUAACCUUGCUCUCGACGAUUUUGAUGGAGAACAGCAAUCUCAGACAUGGCGCUCUUUACAGCAUGUCUCGAUUGACAUCCUCGGACCUUCAAUGGUCGUUGAAUCUGCCCUGGCCAUCCGAAAAUACGCUGUGUGGGGAAUUUACAAAGCUGUCCAUUUGAUGGUCGCUUCAAAUGACUUCCGGUCCCGGAAUUAUGAGUUGUAUUGGCAGGGAACUUUAGUCGGAUUUGUUGGGUUCAAUAAUGGUGCAUAUGGCGCUCUCAGCAUCGGAAAUGCCACGAUCAAUGGGACUGGCCAAGGCGUGCAAGAAGGAAGCUUGUCCGUCUCACUAAACACCUCGUCAAAUGCUACGACUACCGAUCUAGGCAAUAGUCGCACAACUCUCUCCUUUGAGCUCAACGGCCGCACAAUCGGCGAAUACAACGUCUAUAUGACGCUCUUCACAGGGAUACUCAAAGCAGCUCCGUAUUCCAGGGAUGAGCGCGUACAAGACCUUUUUUUCGUGAACAGCCGCGCUUUCAAUACAUACCUCAGCUUCAAGGAAAGAAACGAUCCAGGGCCUGAUGGGCCCUAUUUUGAAUAUCAGCAGCUGAUUCAGCUAUUUACGCAACUGCCUUCGUGGGUGAUAUCGCAUGGUAGUCAGUGGACCGAGGCUUAUAUGCUGGUCUCUGUUGAUGGGAGGCCGGUCGGGGCAGGGGUUUUGAAUUGGCAAAUUCGUCAAAAGACGGAUGCUGCGCACGGUGACAGUGUGAUGACUUCGUGA